AUGGAUCUUGAGGGGUUCGCUGGGCCGAAGGUAGUCCAGCCUUUGACACCUGAAGCGCUAGCAAAAUUCAAUGCUGCGCAAGCUCGCACUGGCGUAAUCUACAUCUCACGGAUACCUCCUGGUAUGCGUCCUGCCAAAGUACGGCAUCUAAUGAGUGCCCAUGGUGAAGUUGGAAGAGUGUAUCUCCAACAAGAAGACGCCAAACGUGCAUACCUCCGCCGAAAGUAUACGUCCACCAAAAAGCCGCAUUUCACCGAAGGCUGGGUGGAGUUCAAGGAUAAAAAGGUCGCAAGAUCUGUGGCUGAGAUGCUAAACGCGCAGCCGAUCGGCGGCAAGAAAGGGACCCGUUGGCGAGAUGAUGUGUGGACUAUGAAGUACCUCCCCAAAUUUAAAUGGAACAUGUUGACUGAGCAAAUAGCACAUGAAGUUGCUAUUCAUACUGCUAAGCUACGUGUCGAGCUUGCGCAGUCAAAGACGGAACAACACGAAUAUCUCAGGAAUGUAGAACUCGCACGAGUAUUGGACAAGCGUAACGAAAAAAGAAAGGAAAAGGGUUUAGGGCCACUUGAGCUCAAGCGCCCGGCAGAGGGUAGUAAAGAGGAGGAGCCUAGGAAAAGAUUGAAGCACACCGAUGAUACCCAGCUUGAUAGUGUACUUGGUAGCAUAUUUUAG